AAAGGACAGCUCGGCGGGAAUGGCUUCAUCUCCGUGCGGGAACACGAACUUCGACUCCGGGCUGGAAAUCAAAACUCGCUCGGUGGAACAGACGCUUGUCCCUUUAGUUUCGCAGAUCACCACCCUGAUCAACCACAAAGACAAGCCAAAGAAGUCAGAGCGCACCCUGGCAGCGAUCCACAGGGUGGGUCAGGCAGUGAACGUGGCAGUGGGACGUUUUGUUGCCGUCGGAGAGGCCAUUGCCUCAGAGAACCAAGAGCUAAAAGAUGAGAUGGGUCAAGCAUGCUUUGAGGCACGCAGAGCAGGUGAUGCCAUAGCCCAGUUGACUGACAUGGGAUCAGCCGUGCAGUCUCAGUCAGAUGGACAUGUCACGGUGUUCAGUGAUAGAACGGGGAUGGUGAAGGCUGCACGUCUACUCCUCUCCUCUGUCACUAAGGUCCUCGUCCUCGCCGACCGCAUCGUCAUCAAACAGAUAAUCACAUCGCGCAGCAAGGUUCUUGUAACCCUCGACAAACUGGAGAGAGUCAGCACCUUCCAGGAAUUUGUGCAGAUUUUUGGCCAGUUUGGAAACGAGAUGGUGGAAUUUGCUCACCUCACCGGAGACAGACAGAACGACCUGAAGGAUGAGAAGAAGAAAGCCAGGAUGGCAGCAGCCAGAGCAGUUCUGGAGAAAUGUACCAUGAUGCUCCUCACAGCCUCCAAGACUUGCCUGAGGCACCCGGAUUGUGAGUCGGCGAGGAUCAACAAAGACGCUGUGUUCCACCGAAUGCGCUGUGCCCUGGAGCAGGUCAUCGAGAUCGUUACUGAGGCACGGAGCUGUGCGGAGAGCAAGGUCCUUCCUACCAGCAUCUACAACAGCAUCAAAGACUUUAAGUCCAGCGUGGAGUGCCUGCGGGAGAACCUGUACUCCUCGACACCACAGAGCAUGACCAGUCAGCUGGAGUCUCUGGUGGAGCGGACAGAGGACUUCACCGAUUCUCCGUACACCAGCCACGAACAGCGUCAGGCCAUUCUCGGUCUGUGCCAGCUGGCGCAUCAGGACAUCCAGCACCUGGCGUACGCCUGGACUGAGGCGCAGUCUGUCCAUGCCAAAGAGGCCACAGAGGAAAUGGAGGUGGCUAUUCUGAAGUCAUGCCAGAGCAUCAACGACCUGAGACGCGAGCUUCAUAAGGUCGCAGUCGGCCGUGCCACUGACUUGCUGAAGGUUCACGGGGAGCAUCUGCCUCUGAGGGCUCUCAAAGCGGUGGGCGUCGAGGGAAACCUGGAGGCGGUGGCAGAGUAUUCGCGCACGCUCACCGAGCAGAAGGAGCAGCUGGUGGAGACGUGCCGGCUGUUGUGUCAUGUGUCAGGAACGGAGCCAUUAGAGAUAACAUGUAUACACGCUGAAGAGACCUUCCACGUCAUUGGUCCCCAGAUCAUCUCAGCUGCCCAGACACUGGCCCUUCACCCGUCCAGUAAGAUCGCCAAGGAGAACCUGGAGGUGUUCUGCGAGGCCUGGGAGUCCCAGCUCUGUGACAUGGCUCUGCUGCUCAAAGAGAUUAACGACGUCUUUGAGGGCAAACGAGGCGACAAAAGACCCUAUUUGUCACUUCCAAGACCUGGGAAACACACCGCUAACCUGAAGUCUGCCAAGGCUGUCAAGUUGGAUGCAGAGGAGCAGACAAGCAUGGCCAAGCUGGGGCUGGAGCUCCGUCUGCUGUCGUCAGAUGUCGACUCAGAGGUGGAGAAGUGGGAGGAGCAGGAGCACGACAUCGUCCGGCAGAGUCAGAGCAUCGCCAGCAUGGCCUACAACAUGUACCUGUUCACCAGAGGUGAGGGGUUAUUGAAGACAACCCUGGAUCUUUUUCAUCAGGCCGAGGUUCUGUCUGAAGAGGGACUCCAGCUCUGCUCAUCUCUUCGCACUUUUUCCACUCAGCUGGUUGAUGAGGAAAGGUCUGUGCUGCUGACAGAAACUGAGAAACUGCUGGGGCUGUGCCAACAGCUGCAGAUCGGGGCCAAGACUCCUGUGCAGGGCAAGACUGCCACCUUCCAGAAGGUGGACUCAUCCAUUCAGACGAGCAGAAACAUCGUGACUGUGGUACUUUCCCUCCUCCCCCUCUGUAACAAACUCCACAAAAAGUACAAAUCAGAGAAGACCAGCCUUAGUUCCCUGCCGGAGUGGAGGGAAAGGCAGGAUGCAUCCACUCCAGUCACAGACGAGGGCUCCGUCAGUAGCAGAAACACUAAUGGCUUCGGUGUCAAAGCCAUGGAGCAGCACAUGGCUGCUCUCAACCUCUUGGAGAGCAAAUAAUCUGCUUUUUCUUCUCCAUGUCCGUGUCUGAGCACCACAUACGCAACUUUACUCUGCAGACAACCUGGAAUCCAUGAAACUUAACUGCAGCUGUAAGGGUGAAGAUGAUGCAUUCUGUAUUCAACAUCUGGGCGAAGAACUGCAGGACUAAAUGCAGAUCCAAACUGUCUCCACCUGUGGGGUUUUCUUCCACACUCUGGUUUCCAGAAGCACCAGUUCUACUUUUGUCCACUAGAUGGAGACAAUCAGCCAACACAAGUCUAAAGAAAUCUAACCUUUGAAGCCACUUGUCUCGUAUAGAUUAUAAAUGAUAAAUAAAAUGAUUAUAAAUGAUAGGGGAGAACUUCAUUUGGUGCAUAGUUCAGCCAUAGAUGUGUCUUCACUAUGUGCCUCUUUGUUUUGUGUUGUGCUGUAAACGUGUUGCACGAGUUACAAAACAAAUACAGUGACCAGAAAAGACUCCAUCUUUACCAAACUCUGUACGGUCCCAACUUUGUAACGUUAACAGUUUUAUGUGUUAGACAUGCAGGUGAUAUCUAUAAUAGCAUCUCACUUUGUAAUGUAUUGUACAAAGUUACAUCAUUAUGGUCUGUUUGUCAUCAGAUUUACUGCAGAACAUUCCCCAUGUGCCAUGUUUAUAAAAUAUUUUCAUCCCAAAUGCAAC